UCGGCCCGCUGUUGUUCCCUUCAAUCUCCAUAGCCUUUUUCCCAUCCCCACUCCUGCUUUUUGUUUGUGGGUUUCCUUUUUGUUUUACUCUUUUUACUGUUGCGGCUUCUUCUUCUUCUUCGUCCUCCUCCUCCUCCUUGCAAUAGACCGGAUUGAAGGGAACCAGGAGAUUCAUUCCUGCCCUCUCCUCCAUCCUCGAACCACAAGUGCGGAGUUUCCUGUUCACUGCAUGAAAUUCGGUGGGUUACGAGUUUAGGUACUUUGGAGGGUCGUAGUCGUGGUGGAAGAGAGACAUGGGCAGAGAGGGAGGGAGGGAGAGGGAGAGGGAGAGAGAGGUCGGCAAUACGAGGCUUCAAAGAUUGGAAAGAUGCGAGGUAGAGGUUUGAUGGUUGGGUUACGCUGUGGGUGGGAGUUUCAGAGUGGAGGAUAGGGGAAGUCUGGAUGUGUUGUUGAUAGUAUCAGGGGAGAUAUCACGUGUAGAAUUGAGGAACGCGAGAGAGGAGUGGAUGGUUGCAGGCGAUAGCAAGGCGUGAGGAGGAUCUUUGUACUUGGUUGAGUUGGUGGCGAUAGUGAUUUUGUCUCUCUGAAAAUUUUAGUUUUAAAAUCUUUUUUGUAGUUGGAUGAGUUGCAGUUGUAGAAGUGAGAGGAUGAAGAAGUGUGGUUUGUAGCUUGGGCCUUUGGUGACCUGUGAGGUAGGAGAACGGCCUUGGCUAGAUUGGUCUUUACUAGGAUCACUUCCCAGCUGACUAUGUAAAAUUUAUUUGGGUUGAAUUCCGGUGGGUUUCCUGCCCCGGGGGGUAUCCAGGCACUCUGCAGUGUGUACAUCCUGGAAGCAUAUUGCAAAUUACUGGAGGUUUCGAGCAGCUUUCACUAUGUGCAGAGAAGGAAGCGUCUGAAGGUAUUGGAGAAAUCUUGGAGACUGAAGGCGAGAAGAACGAGGAGAAGGGGGUCAUUACUUAGUAGAGACCAACAGCAUCGCUGAAGACAGUGUGAUUUUUAGGGGCACUGCAUGAAUGAGCACCAAGGGGUUGUCAAACUUUAGAAUGUAUUCAUCUACAUUAACCCGAGGGCACAGUGGUGGCUUGUGAAAAUGCUGCUCAUGCUAUUGGGAUCAGAGGUUUUGUUACCCCGAACAUCUGGGGUUCCACAAAACCACGAGUGCUGACAGACAUCGUUCUUGCUAGCGCUCUUUCCUUGUAUGCUCUCUCAGACUAUCACAAAAACAUACACUGUAGUGAGUGUUGAUGGCACAAUCAGCUAUGGCAGGAUCCGGUCCAAAUGUUCCUGUGCAAGCCAAAGCCAACCAUAAUUCCGCUGUUAAGGCCCAUUUGCAAAGCAACAGCCAGAAUGCAGCUGGCAACGGGACUACCGCCACCCCAAGGUACUCAUCUCCUGCCACAAUGGACGUAGCUUCAGCAGCCCCUCCUUCCAAUGGCGCUACUAACGGAGCAGUCUCGAACGGGAACGGAAGCCCCGCUGUGAAUGGAGGUGAGAAUACGAGUUUGAAGCAUGACUCUGGGUUGGCCUUGGAAUGGAGUGCCGAGGAGCAAUCACUUCUCGAAGAGACUCUUAACAAGCAUGCGGCUCUGACGGAUAACCUUGCUAAGUACAUUAAAAUAGCCGCUCUUCUUAAUGAAAAAACUGUGCGGGACGUUGCCCUGCGUGUGCGAUGGAUGACUAAGAAGGAGAAUGGGAAGAGACGAAAAGAUGAGGUGCAAAACUUGACUAAGAAGACCAAGGAUAAGAAGGAUAAAGCAGAGACGACAUUGAAAGCAAUGCCUACUAGCAACAUUGUUCCCAGGUCGCCAAUGCCGAUGUAUUCGCCUCCUCCCAUUGACAACGAUGAUGGAAUUUCCAAUCAUGCCAUUGGAGGAGAGACGGGAGUCUUGCUGGAGCAGAAUGCUCAAGUCAUUGCCCAGAUCCGCUCCAAUCUUGCAUCCAUGAAGAUGCAGGAAAACACUGAUCUUCUGGUUCGGUUCAGGGACAACAUUUUUGCAAUUUUGAACGGGAUGACGAACAUGCCUGGGAUAAUGAGUCAGAUGCCACCAUUGCCGGUGAAGCUCAACACGGAAUUGGCAGACAGCAUUUUACCCAAGUCCCAAGCGUCGACUCCCCUUCUGCUCCAAUCGUAGGCAAUGAGCGAAGAAGGCAGUACUUGUAUGCUGGCUACUCCUCUGUACAUUACCUUUUUGGGUAGCUUGUGCAGCUUGUGCGGCCAUACUCUCGCUCACAAACCACGGGAGGUUUCCUCUAACGAAUUUUCACUCUAGUGUUGGGAUCCUAACCCCCGACAAUGUCAAUUCAAUCACGAGGUCUAGUUAUUGCUCUCUUUGUUGAAUAUUGAAACCAGGUAGUUGCAUCAGGUUCGAUUUAGCUGCGGGAAACAGGUUUCAGGUGCACGCAAUAAUUAGAGUAGAGAAGAAGAGAUGAGGCUAGUUUCAAGGGUUGUUCUAUAGUACCAGUGAAGAAUGAUAGGUAACCCAAGGUGCAAAGGGGAGGGUAGUGAAAACGUGAAUACUCUUAUUUGGGUAAACUCCAAAUUUUGCUAUUUUAGUUGCUGUCCUUUAGAGAUCUUCACCGCUCAAUAAAGUGUAUCUGGUAUAGUGGUAUCGUGAUGUCCAGGUCCCUGAAGGACUGAAGCAGGCUAUGGUUUAGAGAGCUGCUGUGUACACUAAUGAAAUUCCUUCGCUAACAUGACCGUUUUGGCUUCUUUGCGCA